AACCCCUCUUCAAUUCUCUAUCAGCUUUCUUUCUUCAUCACAGAAGAGUUUACUCCAAUUUUCAUUGUUCAAAUGGGUGGCGGACCUCGUACAUUCCCAGGUGGUCUAAACAAAUGGCAAUGGAAACGCCUGCACGAGAAAAAAGCCCGUGAGAAAGAAAACCGUCUACUCGAUCAAGAAAAACAGCUUUAUCAGGCCCGAAUAAGAUCUCAAAUCCGGGCCAAACUAUCCGACAACAGGGCCCCCGACGAACAACAGCCCAAUCCCAAUUAUAGCCCUGUUUCACCACAAGACCACAUUAAAGCACUAGCUGAUAGGUUCAUGAAAGAAGGUGCUAUUGAUUUGUGGAAUGAACACGACGGUCCCAUUAAUACUACUCCACAGACAAGUCAUCAACAACGUCCAGAGCCUAUUGAUUUGCGUAAAUUGGUGAAGGAAAAUUCGAAUUUUAGAGAUGUUAGGUCUAGUGAUGUUUCGGGCAAUUAUAGUUUACGAAAAGCUAGACAUUUCUGUACUAGUGUUAGUAAUGUUUUCGCCGAAAAUGAGAAUUUUAGAGAUAUUAGGUCUAGUGAUGUGUCGCCAAGUUAUAGUUUUCAGAAACCUAGACAUUUUUGUACUAAUGUUAGUAAUGAAACUAGAAUUCCAUUAUGUUCGAAUUUUAGAGAUAUUAAGUCUAGUGAUCUUUCGCUAAAUUACAAUUUCCAGAAAGGUAGACAUUUUUGUACUGAUGUUAGGAAUGAUAUUGUGGAAAGUUGGAGAAGUAGAAUGUCUACAUAUUCGGAUAGUUGGUUGAGACGGAGCGAUUUUUUAAUGUUUGGAUGGAGGAGGGAAAAUAAUGAGAAUAGAAAUGUGAAUAAUUGGAAUGGUUUUUCGAAUUUUAGAUGCUAUUCUACGGAAAGGAGAAACGGGAGAAAAUUGGAUUUUACUAGAAAUGAGAGUUCAACUAGUGAGGGUAAAUCGAAUUCAGAGGGAUUGGCGGUGAAGGGGGAUGAGCGUAAAACGAGAUGGCCAAGGUUUCGACAUAAUCCCGAGGAGUCGACUGAUGACGAGGAUGAUGAGGAUAGUGAGGUGGAAGUGGAGGAAGGACAAAGUAGAGGGAGUGUGAAGGUGAUGAGUAGUGCUGCUCUAGGGAAAUAUGAUAUGAAGACGAAGAAGAGAGUUCCGUUGAAGUUUGUGGAAGAUGAAGAUGAUUUAUCACUACAUGUGGAGGCGAUAAGGAAGGAGGUUAAAGGGCGGAGUAUGCAGAAAAAUGAAACCGAAGAAGAAGGCGAAGAUGAGAAGGAAACGAUACUUAGCUCUAAAAGGUUUGAUGAAUAUGAUGUAUCUGCUUUGACAGUCAAGGCCCUUACUGAAGCAGGUUAUGUGCAAAUGACUAAAGUGCAAGAGGCAACACUUACUGCUUGUCUUGAGGGAAAGGAUGCUUUAGUUAAAGCAAGGACAGGCACAGGCAAAAGUGCUGCUUUUUUGCUUCCAGCCAUUGAAACAGUUCUGAAGGCCUCAAGUAAGAAGAGCAACCAAAGGGUCCCCCCGAUAGAUGUACUUAUUCUCUGUCCCACGCGAGAACUUGCUAGUCAGAUAGCCGCUGAAGCUAAUGUUUUGUUAAAGUACCAUGAAGGCAUUGGUGUACAGACACUAAUUGGAGGGACACGGUUCAAAGAGGAUCAGAGACGCCUAGAGUCUAGCCCAUGUCAGAUUAUAGUUGCGACACCUGGUAGAUUAUUAGAUCACAUUGAGAACAAGUCUGGCUUCUCUACACGAUUAAUGGGAUUGAAGAUGCUUAUACUUGAUGAAGCUGAUCACUUACUGGACCUCGGGUUCCGGAAAGACAUAGAGAAACUUGUUGAUUGCUUGCCUCGGCAAAGGCAGUCUUUACUCUUUUCAGCUACCGUCCCAAAGGAGGUCCGUCGCAUAUCUCAACUUGUUCUGAAAAGAGAAUAUGGCUUUGUCGACACAGUGGGGCUUGGUCUGGAAACCAAUCCAAAGGUUAAGCAAUUUUAUCUAGUUGCACAACAUGAACAACAUUUUCAACUUGUGCACCAUCUUUUGUCAAGCCAUAUAUCAGAAGUGCCUGAUUACAAGGUCAUUGUUUUUUGUACAACAGCUAUGAUGACAUCCCUCAUGUUUUCCCUUUUCCGCGAGAUGAAAAUGAAUGUGAGGGAGAUCCAUUCCAGAAAACCUCAGCUUUAUCGUACUCGAAUCUCCGAUGAAUUCAAGGAAACAAAACGUGUAAUUCUUAUUAGCUCUGAUGUGUCAGCUCGAGGGAUGAAUUAUCCUGAUGUUACGCUGGUAAUUCAGGUUGGUAUUCCUGUUGAUCGAGAGCAGUAUAUACACCGGCUUGGAAGAACUGGGCGAGAAGGCAAAGAAGGAGAAGGUAUCCUGUUGCUUGCACCUUGGGAACAAUAUUUCUUGGAUGACAUAAAAGACCUCCCCAUGGAAAGCUGGCCUGUUCAACAACUUGAUCCUCGUGUUAAAGUCAAGAUGGAAGAAGCAAUGGGAAAGAUGGAUACGAGUAUCAAAGAAGCAGCUUAUCACGCUUGGCUUGGUUAUUAUAACUCACUAAGGGAAAUAGGCAGAGACAAGACAACGCUUGUUGAGUUAGCUAACCAGUUUAGCGAGUCUAUUGGUUUGCAAAAGCCUCCUUCGCUAUUCCGUAGAACAGCUCUAAAGAUGGGAUUGAAAGAUAUUCCCGGCAUCCGGAUACGCGAAAGUAGCACGGGGUUCUUUGGUUUUAAAUUAAAUUAAAAGUUUUUUAUGCCAGGCGAAAGUAGCAGCAUCCACAGUUAUGUGCAAAUUACUCUUGGUGAACUGAACAUGCAGUGGUUUGUCUAGAGCCAAUUGGUACAAGUUUUAAGGAUUCUUUAACAUAGAUCAGGAAACAACAUUAGCAGGACUUGUAUUUGGUCUUUCGACUGUUUGGACAUCUUGUGAUUGUGUUAAAUCUUGAAAUGAAUGUAAAUAUUGGAGUGCUGAA